CGUUAAGGCAACCUAUAUGCACUCCGUGAGGGGACAGAUGUCGACGGUCGAAGUGGGUGUGAACAGCAGAAGCCAUGAGGGAGAGAGGCAGGCGGUGGGCGGCUCUGAGGGCCGGCGGAGGAGGAGCAGCAGGGAGGCUUUAGAGCCGCCCCGGAGGAAGUGAUGAUGGCGGCUGCGGUGGCCCCUCAGAAGCGGUGGCGGGAAGCGCCGCCCUCAGCCCGUGCGGAUCAUCUUUAUCCAGUGGAUAUUAAAGGUGGAAAACCCGAGGCUCUGGAAGAAGAAGCUCAUUCAUAUUAUACAAAGAUUUUAGAGGAGCCAUCAUCUGCUGUUGAGUUUUUAUCUAUUCCAGGAAGAGGGAAAGUUAAACUUGAGGCUCCAUUGAUGCACUUCCUUCCUCUGUAUAAAGAAGACAGCAAGCAUAAGCUUCUGGUUUUAAUUGAUCCACAAGAUAAGAACACAGUAUUAGCAAUUUAUUUGCAUAGUUCCUGGUGGCUUAUUGAAGAUGUAAUGAAAACGGCUGAUCAUUCCCGAGAGGGGCUGAAACAGGUCCAGACAUUUGAAGAAAGAAUUGUCCUCUUUGUGCUUAACGUCAUUAUUUUUGGAAUGCUAGAGAGGAGUUUGACUCACGAUGUGCUCUUUGUGCCUCAUUCUGAGAAAGAGUGUGCCAAAAUAUUUUGGAGGAGUGGAGAUGCAGCUGCCUUUUACACCGUAAAAGUGAAAGGAAGCCUGUGUGAUGGGUACUCCAGCCAAUGCUACAUGCUCCCAGUUUUGGACACAAUGUUUGUCCGAAAAAAGUUCAGAAGAGGUGGAGUUGGUAUGAAAAUACUGCAUGAUUUUUGUCAGACAUUUGCAGCUGAAGUUGCCCUGGGACUCAGCUGUCCUGUUUCUGCUGUCAUGUACCAAGUUUGUCAGAGAUUCUUGGAGACCCAUCCAGAGGAACAGUCUCGACUGUGGGAAGUAGAAGCCCCGGGAGACUGGAGCCAGCGUGUUAGUAUCUGGCUGAAGAUUCAGAUGGAACAAAAGCUUCAGAAAAAGUCGGAUGUGAGCUGCUAUAUGAAGAGGCUGCAAAAUGAUGAACCUGGGCAAUCAGAUGAAGGGCGUAUGAAUCAGAAAGUUGCUCACAGUCCUAACAAGGCUUUGCCAUAUGAGGCAGAGGAAUUUAAAGAUGACCCAGAAGAGGUAUUCAACCCCGAGCCUUACAGUGAAGAAUAUGCUGAAGAACAUCAAGCUCAUAAACAGCAGCGGAAAGGCUCAAAGAAAAGAGCAAGCCAAGGAGAACCUUCUGAAGACAGAAUCUCUAAGCAGUUCAGAGCAACAUCCUAACGUUUGCACAUAGUGUAAGCAAUACAAGGACAAGGUGUGAAUGAAUGAGGCAGAGUAGAAGACUAAACAGUGAGACAGAAGGCCCCUGGUUCAUAUCUUCCCAUAGCCAUGGACUUGUUUAGGCGGCCCUACCCUUCUCUAAGUUACGCAUCUGCAGUGUGAGGAUUGUAAAAGUAGCCUACUAUGCAGGGUUGUUGUACCAGAGGGAAAGUCCCUUGGCGCUGAUGACUCCACCUGCACAUCUUCAGCAUCCACCCCCAGUGUUGUGGCUGCAGAGACCAGCAACUCGUAACUGCUGCCUCCCACGUUUUUGCUGUGCUAGCCGCACCAAAGUGACCUCUCCAGGGCACAAGCCUAAGCAGUGUGCAUGGAGGUCCUGGGCUGCCCAGACGCCAAGACUUCUCUCUUGUUCUCACUGAUGUGAUCUAAAGGAAAGCAGAGCAAUACAUUUGGCACCAGCUGGGCUGCAGGAGUUGCCAGAAGGAGGCAUACAUGACACCAUCCAACCGUCCUAGGGACUCCACUCCCGAUUUGUGUAGGGUUUACUCCUUAGCUGUACAUGUCUCACAAAGCAGUGGGUACAGAUUUUCCCUCAAGGUUUACUCCUGAAGCCUUUCUCAUGAAUGAGUAUAACCACAAGGCGGUGGAGGUUUUGGAUUAGAGUUUUCUAGAUGGACUGUCUUCCCAGGUUGAUGAGCCCCCUCAGUUUCCUCUAUAGCACAUGUGUGGACCCACUAUUGGUCUCAUCCGCUCAGUCCACCAGAGGCUGUCUUCACAUGCAGGGGAAGUCCCUAACUCACUGAGGAUUUGAGACCCACCAGCUACUUUCACUUGUUUUAGCUGGCUAAUUGAAGCUGUUUCCCUGGAUGUGACCGCUGUUGCAUGCUGACAGUUUCUAGGAGCCGAACUACCCCAAAACAACAUGACAUAUCCCCCACCAGAGGUAAAGGUACCCCUGACUGUUAGGUCCAGUCGUGGACGACUCUGGGGUUGCGCGCUCAUCUCACUCUA